CUUUACUUUGGUCCAGCCUCACCUUCACCUGCGAGAAUUGCGCUAUCACCGCUGAUCACAAUUGUCAGAAAUAGUUAAGCGUGCAUCGAGCAAUUCUUGAGCGUUGCGCCUGUUCACGUGGUUCAUCAUGGGAGAUUUGGAAAAAGACCUCAAGACCGAUCCUCCGUGUCACCCACGAGCAUGUGCGAUUCAAAACUGCAUACAGAAGAACAACUACAACGAAGAAAAGUGUCGAAAAGAGGUUGACGCUUUAUAUGAAUGCUGUAACGCAUUUUACCAGGAAAAGGGAGAUAGUGCAAGUUGCGUGAGCUGUCCCAAAGCUCCGCUCCUCAGGUUAAAACUGAAGCAACGUGCUCAAGGGAAAACUUGAGACAUCGGACUCUCUAUUAAGUGUAAAAGUAGUAUAUAAGCUGUGUUCUCGAUGGGUUCUAUAAGCAGCAACACCACAAUAAUAAAAUGUCAACGGCAUGUUUGGCAUGUUUUCUAAGAACUAAGGCACACAACUUCUAUUCCGAUGUUGAAUGUAGUUGUCAG